GCGGAGGGAAAGCCCCAUACUAUAUGGGUUCAACUGCCAGUUUACCACGGGGUGCAACUUUUUUAAGAACUUAUUCUCCAGCAGUAUCAAGUUUAUCCGCUGAUCGAAUGAAACCCCUUCCAACCGGUGCGCCUCCCAAGCCACAACGAUCAUACAGAAACGGGGAGGCGCAGGCGCUUCCACAGUCCAACGAUGGCCCACCUAGACCUCCAGAACGAUUUGUUCCAUUUCAAAGGCCUUCCAACCCAAUAUACAGUAUACCAGAUGGCUACAUGUCCUCACCCGAACGAAGUUCAAGGUACGAAGAUCCAUACUACAGCCAAUAUGGAACAAGAUCUGGUUCGAUCACGCCUGUUAUUGAUGAAGAAGUCAGUGACACCGAAUUACUGGAUGAUUCAUAUUCCCUUUAUGGAGUUAAAAUUCCACAAACAGGAUCAAGAAUAUCUACAAGAUCACCAUUUCCAGCACCUUCGUCAGUUCCCCCAUAUGAUGCAACACGAUUACGAGUUGAAAAUAUGGAGCGACAGUUAGCUAAUCUAACCGGUUUGGUACAGAAGGCACUAACACAACCCACUAAUCCAUCUCAUCUUCAAGUUCCUGGAAGGGAAGGAUAUAGAGAUGAGUUCGAUAAGAACUCCAGUUCCAGUUCAACGUCGUUACCAGAUAAAUCAGUGUCGUUUGAGAAAUCUGUUUCGUUCAGUGAUGAGCCCCCAGAUAUGAAUUCUCCGAAACAGCACAGUCCGCAACAUGCAGCGGAUACUAAGCCAGCAAAACCCGCAAUAAAAUCAUCAACUUUACCAAGGACUUCAUCUCAGGAACGGGACAGAUUAAAGCCAGCACCACCGGGAAAAUCUACAUCCUUAUCUCCAAGUUACGACAGCAGAAUAUACAGAGAUCUACAACUUACACCCGAAAUGUACAAUCAACUGAGAGGUCUUCAGAAAAAGGCGAAAGAUUUGAGAGCUGAAGUUAGGAAUUUAAGAAGAAUGUCCCAAGCCCAAGCUCAUUCUGUGAAGGAAACCAUUAGGGAUACUUUUAUUAAAAUUAGAGCUAUGCUCAUGGCUGGUGGGGAACAGGUUUGGCAAGCAGGCAUGGACCAAGAGCGCGUAAGACUUACCAGAGAAGAAGAUUUGUAUAAACAGGAAAUGUUAAGAUUGGAAAAAGACCUUAGUGAUUUAGAAUCGACAGUAGAGGAGCUCCGAGGGAACGUAAUUAAUAGAAAAACGAGAGUCAAUAUGUCAGAUGUGGAAAAUAUGGCCUUAGUAUUAAGUAAAAGUUCAAAAACAGUUGCUGAUCUUAAAUUAAGGUUCCCUGGAUUGCAAGACAGCAUGAAGUCAUUUUUAACGACAGAAAUGGAAAAAGUUAUGAGAGAAGAAACAUUUUUAAAGGAAGAGCCGGAAAGACUAGAAAGCGCACUUAGAAGAUGUAAAAAACUUACGGGUACCCUUGUUACGUUAAAAAGAUUAGCCAGCGUACAAGAACAAAGACUACCGAAUUCAAAUUCCGGCGAUGGUCAUCUUUCUCCGACAACAACUGAAACACCACCUGUAACUCCUUCAUCUACGCACAGCAAGCCCCCUACCGCACCACGUUUGGGGCAGGUCCUCAUCGGGGGAGACAGCAGUGCCUCCGACAGUAGCCAACGUCCGGAGAACGCACUCGACGCUCUGCUAGACGAGCUUCAAACCUUCUCUAAACCCCACCCUAUUGCUCAAAACCAAGAUGCCCAUGCUUCUGAAGCCCCUGCUAUACCUGUGAAAGGCGUCAGACCGCCCCAGAUGUCAGAGAUCGGCCGAAAAGGUAGCAUGGAUUCCGCAUCUUUUCUUCCCACCCAAAAUCUUUCCGUGAGCACUACAACUGGAAGCCUGAGAAGAUUGCAUUCGUAUCCCAGUGGGUCAGAUACCGACAACAGUCCUCCAAUUCAGCCCCUACAAAGAGAAUGUAAAACUGCCGCCAAACCGCCUCUGCCAGAAAGAAAUCAAGAAUUAUUACAACAAGUAGCUGGAAAGAGAGUACCUCCUCCUCCACCACCAAGAACCAGUUCCAAAUCACCAUUAGCUUCACCAACCUCACCCAAUUUACCUCCAAAGUCACCUGCUCUGGGACUUCAACAUAUCCAGAAUGUACAAAAUAUGGUAGAGAAGCCUUUGUCGCAAUUUGAACAAGCCACUCAAAACUUGGGACUGCAAACUUUGCGUAGAAAUAUUCCAAGCAGAUCAAGUAUUAAAGAUCCUACAAAGUCACAGACACUACCUAGAAACAUCGGAUCGAACCUUCAGAACCUUCAGAUCCCUUCCGAUAGUGAUGCUAUUUCGGCCAGUAACAGUAGCAGUUGUGAAAGCGUAAAUUCUCAAGAUGGAUCAAAAAAAACUAGAAAAGAAGAACUAGAACAGCGGCAUCAAGAAUUGCUUAAAAAGCAGAAAGCUUUACAGGAACAAUACGCCAGAUUACAACAACUACAACGAGGAAAUAAUACAUUAGCUGUUGUACCACCAGCGCCAGAUCAAUUGCUUAAAAAGACAGGAAGUGAAUCAAAUCUAUUGCAGAAAAUGGGAUUACAGCUCACUACCUCACAAAUUACUGGCUCACUCACUAACCUACCAAAUACGACUAAAACAUUAUUGACAAAUACAAAUUCCAACCCCAUUAACUCAUCUAGUGUACCAAAUAACGUAGAAGACGAAAACAAUAAAAACAAUACCAACACGCAUAUGAAUAAAGUCUAUGAAACCGACAUACUGUGACCUACUGAGAUUAAAUUGCUUUUUGCAUGUUAAGAAUGUCAUAUUUAACCUUCUCCCAUAUCAUGGAUUCACGGAUUGUUAUCUUUUUUAUUGUUGAAUGUUAGGUGUUAACUAAUUUAUUUAUUUUUGAAAUUAAUCAGUGUUGUUUCAGGAUCCUGCUAAUGUUGUCUAUGCCAAUUCGUACCUACUCUGCGCAGUAAUACUCAAAAUAACUUUAAAGAAACUGUCUCGAAAAUCAAAUGUUUAAUGAACUAUCGGAAAUACCUUCACUUCCAUUUUUUUGUGAAUUGUUAUGGUAAUCUCACUCAGGCAAAAAAUUUUGGAUAUCCGAUUUGUCUGAAAAUUGGUAUAUAGCUUCUGCGGGACGUAAAAAUAAGAUAUUUAAGGUCAAAAAACCUACUUUUAUGCGAUUUUACAGUGAUUUGGUGUUUAUUAAACAAAGUUGCAUUUUCUCUCGCAAAGUAUUAAUGAAAAACAUAAUAUUUUAAUAGAAGGGACUCAACAAGUUGAUAAAAUCGUUUACUCACAAUCGGUUAGUAAUUUAUGGAUUUCUAUCCUUUGAAGUAAUCAGGAAGCGACUUAUUACUUACUUUACUUUCCCAGCUAGCCGGGAAAGUACUUUCCCGGCUAGGAUCUGUCAAAGUACAUUCAAAUUUACUAUCAGACAUUUUUGUAAAAUAAACACAAUUUGAUUAUAUGUACAAUUAAUGGCGUAGUGUAUCGCCUAAAUGUCAGAUUCAACAAACUUGUUUUGUUAGCUAGCAACGAUCUCACAGGUUACUUAAAAUAAUUCAUCUUAUCACAUAAUGAAAAUGGAUACAGAUAUUUGAAACGAAAUAAUUAUUGGUAGAUUGUGAGUAUUAGAAAUCCAUAAACUACUAACCGAUUGUGAGUAAAAUAGUAUACAAACCUCGCGGGAACUCAUUUUAGCCUCGCGUCUGUAGUUUACCUCGGUGCUUCGCACCUAGGUAAACUACCUUGCCGCUCGGCUGAAAUAGAGUACUUUCCCACUAGGUAUGUAAUAUACUUACCUUGGAGAGCAAUUAAAUUGUAAUGCAGAAAGUCACGGCGAAAUUAGAUCUAGGAUAGAGCAGGCUAGAGCGGCUUUUAGAAGGAUGUCCAAGGUGUUAUGUAACAGAGACCUAAAAUUGGCAUUGAGGAUCCGCCUACUUCGUUGCUACGUGUUCUCUGUCUUACUUUAUGGUGUCGGGUCCUGGACUGUGAAUAAAAUCGAUCUAAAUCGCCUUGAAGCUUUCGAAAUGUGGUGCUAUAGAAGGAUUUUAAAAUUUUCCUGGGUGGAGAAGAUUCGAAACUCCACAAUACUAGAACGUCUCAGCAAGACUACUGAGAUCAUAAAAAGCAUCAAGCAGAGAAAGCUGGAGUAUUUCGGACAUGUAAUGAGAGGUCCCAAAUAUAUGUUCCUACAAGAUAUCAUGCAAGGAAAAAUAGCAGGCAAACGCAGUCCAGGACGAAGAAGAACCUCAUGGUUGAAGAACUUGCGAUAUUGGUAUGGUGUUGAUACAAGCAUGCUAUUUAGGGUGGCAGUGAAUAAAAUUAAGAUAGCUAUGAUGGUAACCGGCUGGCAACGUGGCAUUGAAAUUGUUAAAGUGUUUGAUUUUUUGCCAACGAUAAACCCGAAAAUUUCGAGAAUUGUUGCGAAAAUUAAAUGUUAACUGACAGUACCAGGUGAUUAUAAAGUGAUGAACAGAAAAGGCAGAAGUACUGUGGAUCAGGUUUUCACACUACGAGAAAUACAGCCUGAAAGUUACGAAUAUAAUAAAGACACCAUGGUUCUUUUCAUUUACUUUAAACAGGCUUUCGAUCGAGUGAAAAGAAGCGAGUUAUUCACAGCAUUGCAAGACAUGGACGUUUCUCCAAAGCUUAUUAGAAUUAUAAAACUAACUCUCCAAAGAACAAUGAAUAAAGUCAAGAUAAACAGUACUAUAACAGAAAGCUUUGAGGUCAAACAAGGAGUGCGGCAGGGUGAUCCAUUAUCGUCUAUAAUGUUUAGCAUAUUACUAGAAAAGGUUAUACAGGAAGCAAACAUUAAUAGAACAGGUCUGAUCUACCACAACAAACAUCAGUGCUUGGCAUUCGCAGACGAUUUGAUAAUCUUGGUUAGGAGCAAAAUAUAACUUAUAGAAACAGUCAUGAAACUCGAGGAGAGGGCAGCAACCAAAGGAUUGUAUAUAAAUGAAGCAAAAACAAAGUAUAUGGAAUGGACAAAUAAGCAAUUCGUUCGGGGGCAAUACAUAACAAUGACAACAGUGAAGGGAACACAGUAUAAAUUCGAAGAAGUUGAGAGAUUUGAGUACUUAGGAACUGUCUUCACAAGAGAUCCUAACUGUGAAGAAGAAAUACAAAAGAGAAUUAUGUCGGGCAACCGCGUUAUAUUUGCUCUUAAUGGGUUGUUAAGAAGUAAAAAUAUAUCACGAAGAGCAAAACUAAGAACUUACAAGACCGUAAUAAGGCCGAUAGAAACGUAUGCUUCUGAAACAUGGGUCACAACAAAAAAACAUUAAGAGUUGUUAUUAGUUUGGGAGAGGAAAAUACUGCGCAAAAUCUUCGGUGGGAAAAACUUAAAUGGACAAUGGAUAAGAAGAACAAAUAAGGAACUAACUGAGCUCUAUCAAGAUCCUAACAUACUAGCAGUAAUUAAGGCGCAAAGACUUAGAUGGUUGGGCCAUGUGCAGAGGAUGAUUCCAUCUAGAAUUCCCAGAAUGGUACUAUCUAGUGCAUUGACAGGGAAAAGACGAAGAGGAAGACCGAUGUCACGAUGGAGUAAUGGGGUUAGAGAAGAUAUGUGAAGAAUUAACGUAAGGAACUGGGAAAGAAAAGCGACCGACAAAAGGGAAUGGAAAAGAAUAGUACAUCAAGCCAUGGGCCUACUAGGCUCGUAGUGCUUACAUAUUAUUAUUAUGAUGGUAACCAACGUUCUAAAAGGAUAUGGUACAUGAAGAAGAAGAAGACUCAAUAAUGUCAUUAUAUGGCAUUAUAACAAGUUAUUUUGAUUCAAAACAUGGUUUUGAUCAAAUUUUAUAGUGUAGGUUAAAAUACCGUUUUUUACAUUUUUCUCUAUUCUUAAAAUACAUCAUCAUCGAUUUGGCUGAAAAUUUGCCCACAGAUAGCCAAGACAUCGGACUUUAAGUGGUUAGAAGGAUUUGAAUUAUAUUACCAUACCAAAAAAGUUACAUGCAGUAAUAUCAGACUAAAAAGUAUAUUAGUCCAGUCGGAAUAGCAUUUGACCUUGCAUGCCGAGCUGCCCAAAAUUUUAUUUUUCUAAUCUUUAGGGGAGUCAAUAGUAGCCUAAAUUUAAAAUCAUUAAUGAAUUCCUCCGUUACGUUAGCCGCCAUCUUGAUUUUAAAGGAGAACCUGUUUUGCUCAAUAUCUCCGCCAUUUUUAACUUUUCGACAAAAAUGAUAGAAACUGAAAUUGUUCAAAAUAAAUCGUAUUUACAAUUAUUACAAUUUCUUUUUAACAAUUUUUGUCGUGAGGUCCAUAUUUUCGUGUUAAUUUUACUUACAGUAGACGCCUAUAUUUUUGACUAUGAUAUUGUAUGUAACUUUUUUGGUAUUAUAAUAUAAUUCAAAUCCUUCUCACCACUUAAAGUCCUAUGUUUUGGCUAUAUGUGGGCAAAUUCUUAGCCAAAUCGAUUAUGGUGUAUUUUGGGAAUGGAAAAAAAUGUAAAAAGCGACGGUAUUUUAACGUUUUCUAUACUAUAAAAUUUGGUCAAAAACUUGUUUUGAAUCAAAGUAACUUGUUAUAAUGCCAUAUAAUGAAAUUUUUGAGUCCCUUCUAUUAAAAUAUUAUGUUUUCCAUUGAUACUUUACGAUAGAAAAUGCAAAUUUGUUUAAAUAAACACCAAAUCACUGUAAAAACGCAUAAAAUAACAUUUUGAGAAAAAAAGAAGAUUUUUUUACCUUAAAUAUCUUAUUUUUACGUCCCGCAGAAGCUAUAUACCAAUUUUCAGACAAAUCGGAGAUCCAAAAUGUUUUUUGCUCCAAAAUUGAGUGAUUUGAAAUGGAAUCACCCUUAUUAUAUAUUAAGUAGGUAUAAAUAAUUUCAACUCAUGCAAUUAACAUAUUUUUUAAGUGCUAGUUGAUAACCACUAUUUUCCUCUAUCUGUUAUAAUUAACAUAUUGUGUAUAAAUUCAAAUAUAAUAAAUUGGCUUCAUAAUAAACGACGUAUAGUACCUUUCAAAAUAUUUUAUAAAACCUUAAUCUGAAGCUUAUUUUACAAAGUCACUUGCAUUUGAAUGGUGUUAACUUUUCGGUCCAGGUAGAAAUUAAUAGAUUUUAAUCUAUUGUACUUUUAAUCAUUUCUAUUUAGGAUGUUGAGUUCUCAAAAUUAAUUGAUACUACUCAAAUACAAAUGACUUGGUAAUAGGAUUAAGAUACGGAUUUAAUUGAGGUAAACGUAGCGUAAAAAUUCUGUUGGACUACGAACUUACAAGAGUGCAACCCCUUAUUCAUAAGGUCACAAAUAAACUACAAUCCAUCAAAAAUCUUAUUUUUUUUAUAUCGUAACAAAUUCCUUUUGUACAUAGAUGCUUACACAAAUAUAAUUCGAACUAGAAAGUCAUUGCAACAAAAUUUAGCAAUUUAUUUAAUUCCAUAGGAAGAUGAAUGAACUCGUAUUAUAGUUAUUAAAGUACCAAGGGUAUUAUCCGUAAUACCCGUGGUGUCUUCAACGUAUAAUAUCCAACUAAAUAAAAAAUUUGAUUUGUUCAAAAAUUGUGAAGACAGUAAAACACAAGAACUACUACUACUAUCGGUUUACAGCGUUCUCCGACACCUUCCGACUCAUAACAGCCAUUCUUCUCUAUUUAUUCAUAGACCUGGAGGGAUUUCUCUUUCCUCUAGUUCUUUUUCAAUUCCCUCCCUCCAGCUUCUUUUCGGAAUUCCUCUUUUCCUUCUCCCUCGUGGUGUCCACGUCAAAAUCUAUUUAGGGAUCCUGUUAUCUAUCAUUCUCUUUACAUGGUCGUACCAUAUUCGUUGUUUUGUAUUUAUGUCAUAAUUAUUGUAUGCGUGACUGCCAUCAUUUAUCGUAUUCUCUCAUUUGGUAUCCGAUCUCUUCCUGAUUUGCCUGCUGCUCUUCUCCAGAAUUCCAUUUCUGUUCCUAGUAACAUUUUCUCUGUUCUUUGUUUCAUUGGCCAAACUUCACUGCUAUACGUGAUUACACUUUCAAGUAUGGUAUUGUAUGUGAGCUGUUUGUUCGCUUUAGAUAUUGUUUGGUCCUACAGAAUGCCGUUCAUCAUGGAUAUGGCUUUCCUACCCUGUAUAUCGCUGUCUUUUAUAGCAGCAUCGAGUGUUUCAUCUUGAGUUUUCUUCAUGUCCAGGUACUUAUAUUCAUCAGAGUGUUUAAUUUGCUUCACCAUUGUUUAAUGUAAUGGACUGUUUCGUCCCUCCAACACACAUGGCUUCAGUUUUCUUCAUGUUGACUUCGAGACCUCAUUUGUUAUAUUCUUGUAUUAGCUUCCGCAUCAUGUAACUCAAGUCGUUAUGAUCCGGAGCAAUCAGAAUUUGAUCAUCAGCGAAACAUAAACUGUAUAGUAUUGUCUCGUCAUUGAAAGAUGCCCAUGCCAUUACAUUUUCUUUUCCACAGCUCGAGUGCUUAUUGCAGAUAAAUUUUGAAAAAGGUAGGCGAAAUACAGCAACCCUGCUUCAGUGCUUUCGUGACCUUAAAUUCCCCAGACAUCCUUGAUCCAGUUUUAAUUUUUGCAGUCGUUGCUGUAGAGUUGACCAUAGCUUGCUGAGGAGCACACUGUCAUCUGCUUUUUGUAAGUCUUCGUACACCAAAAUGCAAGAAUAUAGAAGUUAUUCCAUUAAAUGAAUUUUCUAUUAUUUAAAAUCCGAUUAUUGUUGUGAGAUAAUUUUAAUGUGUUAAAUACGAAAAACACAGUGCAGACUUCUCUUUUCUAACUUUUUUAAUAAUAAUAUGUAUUUUAGUACUAUUAAUCGUACAUCAUAGCAUUUAUUACAUAAUAUGUUUAUUUGUUUAUCGAUAAAAUAAAACAAGAUUUUGUGCUCUUAUAUGAUUUGUUCAAGAAAAUUUUAUACAAAUUGUUAACAAGUAGAAUAAAUUAUUAAUGUACCUACUGUAUUUUGAGAACGAUUUCCGAAGUGGAAAUCGAAACGUCAAAUACCUAAACUUAUUUUAAAGUAAAAUUGUGGCUUAUUCCCAAUAAAGAAAAUAGCCACAAAAAAUACGAAAUACAAAAAAGUUCAAAACAAAAUUAUUUAAAUUUUUAAAUAGAAAGAUUUUCGAAACAGUUUAUAAAAAGUUUUAAAUUCAUAAUUGUUGAUUCGUUUAAUUAAUGAAGGUCGAUAAUCAUUUUGCUUAAACAAUUUUCUUUAGCUUAAUUAUUAUAAUGUAAUUGUCUAUUAUCUAAUGAAUAUAUAAUUUGUAUGUAGCGCUUCUGGUCUUAUUUGUAUUUAUUUUUAUGAAAAAUAUAGGUAAAACAAGAAAAUCAAAAAUAUAGACAACGUUAGAUGCAUUUUCAGAAAAUAUCUGAAUGUGAAAUAUUGAACAAAUAACAAAUAAUAAUUACAACCUAAUAAUUGUUACCAAAAUUAGAAAAUGUACGCACUUUUGCUACCAUCACAUUAUUAAGAUGAAGAACGCAUCCUAAGACAGAUAGAAAAGAGAGAAUGUUAAUAAAAAUAGUAAAUAAUGAUUUAUAAAGAGAUUUGAUAUUUCUAUUUUUUACAUUUACGUAAUACUCUCAAGUAAUUUUACAUAUUUAAUUUUUUUUAUUAUCGGUAACUUGUAAUUAUGCUAGAUAAAGUAAUCUAACAAAAUUAAUGCGCACACUGCUUAUUAAUUUAUUUUUUUAAUGUACCUAAGUUGUUUUAUCUCCCAGUCUAUUUAGCGUUUUUCAUUAGAUUAAUAGAAAAUUCUCGGUUUCCUUAAAAAUCAAUAGUUAUGAAGGUGUCAAGGGUAUUAUAAGGAUAAUAAUAGCGCUUGAGGUCAAAGGUGUAUAUUGACGUUGACUGAAAGCGUUAUUACCCGUAAUACCCGUGGUGCCUUCAAUGUUUAAUGACCGACUAAAUAUUCUUUAUAUUAGCAAAACUCGAAUGAAUUUUAAAUAAAUUAGUUUUUAAAUAAGUGCCAGCGUUUACCUGAAUAGUCGUAACGUAAUUAUGGUAACCAUAGCUUUACUUAAAUUUAGAUUGUUUUUUGUCAACUUGACAGUACAAAAUAGUAUAUUAUGCAACAAGCAUUUAAUGAUGGUCAUUAUGAAGUGAGUAUGAGGGAUACGAAACGAGCCGCCCAGCGCCGAGUUUCGUAUAGAGUACGAGCUUCAUAAUGAUAAUUAAAUGCAAGUUGUAUACACGAUUUUUUCUAUGAUCAUUCACAACAAAAAAUAGAUUCAAAUUUAUUAAUUUUGUAACGCAAACAAAUUAAGUAGUUUGUCAAUUUGUUCACAUAUUGAGAACUGUCAAAGCGUAUGUAUUUGACUCGCCAUUGGUCACUGCGCGUGUGCCACCUUCAUCGCGAAUGCCAUAUCGCGAUUCUAUGGUUAAAAAUCUGUAUCGUAAUGAAAAUCUGUAUCAUAAUGAAGUUCAUUAGGAUACCGGUAGUGAAAUCAUAAUUGAUUUAUUAUAGUAUGAGAAUAGAAAAAAAAAUUGCGACUGAGGCAUAAAAUGUUCGAUAUGUCUGAAAUCACGGAACUAAAAUAUCUUCCCAAGAUAUUUUAGUGAAAGCUGCUAAAGCUGUGGAUGCGCUUCAGUCUGGAGCCUCUUCAAUCUUUCAAAAAGUAAUUUUUCACCGCUAUCUGGGUCUUCCUAUACUUAGCCAACCAUUUGGUAUAUGUUUUUGGUGUUCAUUUGAGACAUUAUUUUGAAAUAUUUUUUAUUAUUGUCCUAUGUAUAUUUUUGCAUACUACCGAUAGCCAGUUAAUUUUUAUAUUUCCAUUGCAUAGGCUGUCGUAUUCUGGUAACCUUUAACUUUUCUAGCAUAUUUCAAUUUUACUGUUUGUCAAAUUUUUAUUUGCUAUCCUUUUUUCACUUUUGCUAUCCUUUUGUCACCUCAAGUUUCUUUAGAUUUGGGAGCUUAGAGGAGCCUUUAAUAGAAGUGAGCCCAACAUUGAUGAGAGACAGGUUUCUCAGGUUUGUGAAUUCGUCUGUUAAUUCAACUAUACUGGUAGUUUUUGAGUUAUAUAAGAUUAAGUCUUUCAUUUACUCAGGAUCUCUGCCCGGUUUUUCCAAUUCUAUGCGUUUCUCCAUUCCAAAAUAAUUUCGUUUUUAACACAAACGACACAAAAUACACAAAAAAGGAGCCAAAAACGUUAAAACGUAACUUCGAUGACAAAACUGAGCUUUUACAAAACUCGAUCAAGAACAGCGAAGAGAGCGAAGACAGAAAGUCAAUAUUGAUCUGACUAGUGUUUUAUAUAACUUAAUCUCUUUUUGGUCAUGACUUUAUCGUCGAUACACUAUGAAAGCCAUUACUUUAAUUUUGUUUGUUGAGAUUUUUUCUGGUGAUCUUGAAUCACCAGAAUCAUUUCAUUUUUAUAGAAUAUCUUAUGGGGUUCCAAUUAGCUGGAACCAAAAUGAGCAAUCCAGGGUGAGCUGGAACCUUAUGAUUAACAAAUUAAAUUUAACUAAACUGAGAAUUUAUUAUUAUCAACAAGUAGGACAAUAUAGUAAGAAAACAAAUGUGAUUUUAUAGGGAUAUAUUUAACUACAAUAGAUACUAAAUGCCUGUGCUAUUUUAUUUCUUGUAAAUUAAGUUAAUUUUUCGUGACCAAAAAAAUAGUCUCUAUCAUUUUAGCAUACUUGACGAAUACGAAAGGUUUUUAUGAGAGAUGUCUUAGGAUGCAAAAUAGGUUGCAACAAUUUGCACUGUUUUGAAAAUAUUUGAAAAUAAUUAUGAAUGUACAGAUAAUAAAAUAUACAUAACAUACUAAUUGGUUUAUAUAUUAUAGGCAAGUGAUAAAUAAAUCAACUUGAGUUUUAUUUGGGGAUUGUUAUAAACAAAAACCUAUUUAUCUUAAUGUAAGGAUACACAUAAUUCAACGACUAGACUAAAUAUGUAUUUCGAAAAGAUUUAUCUUUUGCCCAAUUUAUUUGGUAAGAAUAGUUAUGUUCGAUAAAUGUAUGUGUCACAAUUCACAAAAUACUUAAAAUAAGAUUUGCUCAAUAUUUGUAUAUACAAUUUAGAAGAAGAAAAUCGCACUUUAGGCAAAUAUGUGACUACUCAUUCAAAUAUAUUGGUGCAAACAUGAAGCCUAGUCCAUUUCAGUGCAAAUCUACAUAAGUACAACCGUAGAAAUAAAUAGGCGAUUCUUAUAGUUCAUUUGUAAAAUAUCAACUAAAAACUGCUUUCUGGAUAACAUGAAAUGAUGUAGUUUAUAACCGGGUAAUUUACUUCUAAUCCGCAGUACAUCGACCUUUUUGAAAGAUGAUUACAAAAGUCUUAAAGAUGGUUUUAACUGCUUCGUUUGAGCGAGUCUACCACUUUCUGAAAAAUUUCAGAGUACAGGUUGGACGCGUUUCCUCGUCCCGCGUCAUUAACAUAUUUACAUUAUCGAACUAACGAAACGUGGCUGUAAAUUUGUCGGAUAAGAGUUAAGAACAAAACUACCUUGCUAGAGUUACAUCUUACGGGUGCCGGACUCUACGAUUUUGUUAUUACAAAACCCUUAAUUUCCAAUUUAAAGUACUUAUAUUUAAUUAAUAAAGAUUGUCGACUCUUGUCCGACAAAUUUACAGUCACGUUUCGUUAGUCCGACAAUGUAAAUAUGUUAAUAACGCGGGACUAAAAUUUUUGAGAAGGUGGGAGUCGCUCAAACGAAGCAGUUAAGACCAUUUUUAAGACUUUUGUCAUCAUCUUCCAAAAAGGACGAUGUACUGUGGACUAUUCUUACAACUAUUCUGAUUUUUCUAAACAUUUGACAGUUUUUAUGUAAUAUAUUGUAUUAUUAAGUAUUAAAUAGUGCGUAUCCCAAAUAAA